AGUAUAGUUCUAUACAGUUCCCAAAUAUUACCAAUCCAAUAUGAAGAAGUGCGCAGUUUUGAUUGCAGUUUUAUUGGUAGCCAUGCAGGUGGCAUCUGGAGUGGCUCAAGGAUCUCAGGGGUCUCAAGGUGGCCAAGGUGGCGGUAUGGGUCCACCACCAACUGGUGGUAUGGGCGGUGGUGGUAGCGGUGGCAUGAGUGGCGGAAUGAGCGGCGGAAUGGGUGGUGGCUCUAGCGGCAGUUCUGGAGGAAGCCAAGGCUAAUUAUAAUUAAAUGUACAAAGCAUCUGUUAUAAAUGAAUAAUAA